AUGUCCUACUCAAGAGCCACAAUACGUCCACAUCCCGUAGACCAACGAGAGAAAGACUAUCCAGGCUCCUCUUUUUUCGGCCUUCCCAACCGACACCUCCCCACCCUAGUAGAAGUAAGGGCUCGAUCUCACGACGCGCCUAGAGGUCCUCAGCCCCGGUUUCUCGUAUUCGACCAUCUUGACUUGUUCGUCAAUUUCGGUCCUUGCUUCAAGGUCGCAGAGGCGCAGUGUCUGCGGUUCAUUCAGCAGACCUUCCAGGGGAGGGUCCCCGUUCCGGAGGUGUUUGGAUGGCGCGUUGAUUGCGGCAACUACGUGUUUAUCUACAUGGAGCGGAUACAAGGGCAGAUGUUGCUGGACCAGUACAUUGGUUCGUUUGAUCAGCAGCGACUUCUAGACUAUGUCUCCCAUUUAUUGCCGGAAGCCGGCCCCUUCGACAGCAUAGCAGAAUUCAACGACUGGUUUUCCAAUAUACCGCAGGCCCGGCUUCCUCUAUCUAAAAUAUAUAAAGACCGCUUUAUACGUGCUGUUAAAAAAGUUGCAAACCAAUCCCAUGGCCUGGUGGGUCUCGGUUGGACUGGACGAUCUCCACCGCGCUUGCAUCUAUAA